CUCGCAGAGUUGGCGGUGUCUCGAGUGUAUUGAGUUUUCAGGUUUGUGCAGGUUUGUGCAUAAAACAAUAUUAACAGAUGAAGGUGACCAUUUGUAUUCAUUGUGUAUAAAUAUCUAUAACUACAUAAUAGUAGAGGCGUGUUCGAAGUAACCGGUACAUACUUCCAAGUGCUAUGAAUAGGGUCUCAUUUGAAAUCGAAAAAAACACAGAUAAACAUGCGGAAGCCAACGUCAACAACCGCGAACCUAUAGGUGUCCGUGACGUCUGUGAAGAUGCUAAUAAUAACGAUAAUCACCUAAAUUCAGCGAUCUUUGAAGAUACAGAGGCAGAGACACUCGAUCGUGAGAAUCAGAUGACAAGGGGGUCUAGCGAGACGUUUGAGAGUGUGAAAGGCAGUGUGAAGCAACUGAAAAACAGUUUUGUUGCUGAGUUUAAACGACGGGUCAAAGAGGUGGAAAGGGAAACGCACAAGUCUAAGAAAAUCGCAUGAUUGCUACGAUAUUUUCGACCUUAUGUACGAGAGAAUUUGGUAAAAGGAGGCAGUGUAAAGUAGCCAGAACUAGAAGCGCCUGUGCGUGUGGAGGGGGCAAAUGAGAAUGAGGAUGGAAUAUGGCCAAUGCAUAACGUCAUUGGGAGCAAUUAAACGGCUAACGAAUAUUGUGGAUUAUUUAACUAUGAGAUGGAACAAAGAAAGAUACUAGAUUAAGAUAGUUAUUCCUUCUUAUCGAUUGUAAUGAAUUUGGUGAUCUAAAGAAUGCAGAGUUAAUCGUAGAUCAUACUGCCUAAUAGGGAACGUUGUUUAGAUGCGAAUCUUCGAGAGUAUAUGAAUUGAAAAGCGAGAAUAGUAACGAUAGAAAUGGAAAGUACGUAUUUAAUAAAGAAACUGCUAUAAGUACGCUAUUAAGUACUAUAGGAGAAUAAAAUUGGUA